AGGAUUUCAUCACUAAAUUCAGCCAUUUGGUGAAGACACUGCAUGCUGAGUAAUACCAUUUGGUGUAAUGGUAACAGUACCCAGCAGAUGUUAGCUGGAAUAUAAAAGUCAUCAUUUGAAGUAGCUAGUCAAUCCACUGGCUAUACUGACUAGCAACUCCUAAAAAACUCGCAUCUGCACGAUAUCUUUAUGUUUUUGAGACUUCCCAAAGUAUCCCCACCAAUACAAAUGUCAUCUGUGGCUACGUUUGUCGAAUCCGCAAUUCAAGGAAAUAAUAUUGUUGUGUUUGCCAAAACCACAUGCAGCUACUGUUUCAAGGCCAAGCAACUCCUAGAGUCCAAGGGCCUCAGCUUCUUUGUUGUUGACCUGGAUAAGCGAAACGAUGGGCCUAGUAUUCAAUCAUAUUUGACUACAAAGACUAACCAGAGGACUGUUCCCAAUAUUUUUAUCAAACAGGCUCAUAUUGGUGGCUACAGUGACUUGUCUGCUUACAGUACCAGUGGAGGAUUGGAUAGGUUGCUAAAUUGAAUUUCUAUUGCACUUGCCUGACUUUUUUAGGCCGCAUCUCUUCAUCAGAUAGUUGUGGUAUUCUAAUCAACUCAUUCGUUACAACUAUGGAAUUAAUUAUAUUAUUUUC